UCUAAAGCACCGGUAGCCGGCGGUACGGUGCUACGCAGUUUCCAUUUGUGUCUGCUGCCACAACGUCCCGUACGUACCCCUGUCGAUUGCGUAGUUGGUGGUGAUAUGGGCAUGGUUGGCAGCCCGAGAAAGCAGACCGGCGGCGGCGGCGGAAGCCACUCGGCCUCGUUCCUCCUCGGGGCUCUCCUCCCCACGCUCCUGCUCUUCCGCCUCGCCUCCGACCGGGUCGGCGAGCGGCUGGCCAGCAUCUCCACCUACACCUUGGGGAACAACAAUGGAUCGUCAUCGGCUCAUGAGCAGAUGAUGACCCAUGAUGCCAACCUCACGGACACGGAGGAGAGGGUGUUCCCGGGGCUGGCGGAGCUGCUGCCGAGGGUGGCCACGGACGACGGGACGGUGAUCAUCACGUCGGUGAACGAGGCGUGGUCGCGGCCGGGCUCCCUCCUCGACCUCUUCCGCGCGGGCUUCAAUAGCGGCGAAGGGAUCGCGCACCUCCUCAACCACACCCUCAUCGUGGCCGUCGACCCCGGCGCGCUGGCGCACUGCGAGGCCGUGCACCCGCACUGCUACCUCCUCGAGGUCACCUCCGCCAACGUCAGCUCCGCCAACCGCUUCAUGACCAGGAGCUACCUGGAGCUGGUGUGGGCCAAGCUGGAGCUCCAGCAGCGCGUCCUCCAGCUCGGCUACAGCUACCUCUUCACCGACGUGGACAUCAUGUGGCUGCGCAACCCGUUCCGGCACAUCAGCCUCUACGCCGACAUGGCCGUCUCCACCGACCGGGUCCACCGCGACGCCGCGUCCCCG